AUGAAGAGUAUUGCUUUGGUACUGCUGAUUGCCAGCGCCUAUGCAGGCGCUGCAAUUCCGAACGUUGCUGUUGAAAGUGCACAAGGCCAAUUGGGCCCGAGCAAAUUCCAACUGCAUUUGGAAUCAUCAGUAGCGGAAUAUGAAGGUUUGGCCGGUCAGCUGUUCGAUGUAGAAAACAAGGCAUCAAACAGAAUACUAGAAGAUUUGAUCAUCAACAUCUUGGAAGUCUUCAGGGAUAUUGUUAUCAAUGGAAAUGAUUACAUUCCUCCUUUGGACCCCCUAGAAAUUGAACACAUCGGACCUUUCCAAUUCUCCGUGACUGGCCUCCGUGUAACAGCUAAUAUCCGUGACCUGCGUUCUGAGGGUCUGCGUUGGUACGUCAUUGACACCGUCAGCUUCAACCCCAUCCGUCUUACCGUGGGCGUCCACGUUACACUCCCUUGGUUCAGCGUGGCUUGCCGUUACGACGUCGAGACCCGAAUCUUGCUCGUAAGACACAGAGCUGCUGGCAAUUUCAGACUGUUCAUCCACCGCAUUGAAGUUGGAGUCGAUCUACGCAUGGGAACAAAUCUUGUUGGUGGCUACCUGACUUUAAGAGAAUUGGAGAUCAAGAUCGAUGUCCAUGAUACUCUUGUGCACAUCGAUGGCAUGACUGGCUCCAAGCUCAUCAACAGAUUUAUCAGCAAUCUGGUGCAGAGCAUCUCACAGGAUAUUGUACAGAAACACAUUGACAGUUUAGGAGACUUCUUGAGCGUAGUCCUCUUCGACGUAAUCAACGACAUCCUCCAAGACUACACAAUCAACGAUAUCUUGCCAUAA